AUGAUCGAAAACAAUCAAGAUAUUCAAUUAGGACAAAUAAUUGUAAUGGAUCCCUUAGUUACAAAAUAUCGUGGACGUCCACCUACUAAAAGAUUGAAAAGUUUAUCUAAAAGCCAAGGUUAUAAAGAAUCAGCACACGCUCAUCAUUUAAUGAAUCUGCAAGGUCAUAAUUUACCAAUAGCUCUUUCAGCUGUAGAUCUGAAUAAUAAUUAUACUAUAGAUAGUAACUCAAAUGCAUUGUAUAAUGAAA